AUGGCCGGUGUGCUCGUCUCCGGAGUCGUGUCGUUCGAGGACGGUGCCGCCAAUCUCCGCCUAGUGCCGACCAAUUGCACGAGACCCCCUCCGGCUACACCGACAACAACAAGGGUUCCCUGGCCGACCUCGAACACCCGUUGCGAUGACGAGAUCUACCAGGCCAUCAGGGAUGGGAAGGCCGAAAUCCAUCCCACUCGCGAGCCCAUGACGAAAAGGACGAUGCAAGUCACCUUGAACAACAUCCAACGCGCUCUCUCUUUGAAAGUUGGUGCAGGCGGUGGCUGGAGCGUAGAAGCUGACUUGAGGCUUCUUCGCCUUUUGGCCUCCAGCAAAAAGCCCUACGCCAAAGGGAACCACGCCAAGGCCAUCAAGGAUGCCGACGAGGUGUUAGCCAUCAAGGAUAUCGACCACAACAUCUUGGAUGAGGCGAUGCCUGACAAUGACGGGCCCGAGAACAUGAACCAAACCAACCCAGGAGAGGAGGCCAUGGAUGUCGAUGCCCCGGUCAAUUCGAGCUCCUCAUGCUCCAGCUCCAGCUCCUCUUCCACUCACAAGAGCACUUUGCGGCGCCGGGUGCGUGACCUUGAGGGCAUGCUGGAGGAUGUGACGCAGGACCUGUGGGCGGCAAACGAAACCCUCGGCCUGAAUGUGUAA